CAGACCAUGUUAAAGACCAAGUUGAAUGUCCUAACUCUUCGGAAAGAGCCUCUCCCAACAGUGAUCUUCCAUGAACCAGAAGCCAUUGAGCUGUGCACCACAACUCCCCUCAUGAAGUCCCGGACUCACACUGGAUGCAAGGUUACAUAUUUGGGUAAGGUUUCCACAACAGGGAUGCAAUUUUUGUCAGGCUGCACAGAGAAACCAGUCAUUGAAUUAUGGAAGAAGCACACGCUCGCCAGGGAGGAUAUUUACCCAGCUAACGCCCUUCUGGAAAUUCGCCCUUUCCAAGUCUGGCUGCAUCAUCUGGACCUCAAAGGCGAGGCGACAGUCCACAUGGAUACCUUUCAGGUAGCACGUAUAGCCUACUGCACUGCUGACCACAACGUCAGCCCAAACAUCUUUGCUUGGGUCUAUCGGGAGAUCAACGAUGACUUGUCCUACCAGAUGGACUGCCAUGCUGUAGAGUGUGAGAGCAAGCUGGAGGCCAAGAAGCUGGCCCAUGCCAUGAUGGAGGCCUUUAAGAAGACUUUUCACAGCAUGAAAAGCGAUGGCCGUAUCCACAGGAACAGCUCGUCAGAGGAAGUGUCUCAUGAAUUUGAAUCUGAUGAUGGCUGACUGAACUCAUUCACGGUUCAGCAAAGGCAGAAAUGGCCUAGGGAGUGAGAUCUGAGAGGUGAAUAAGCAACAAUUGAAACUGGGGAAUGAAAGGACUGCCAAACACUUGUCUGACCAGCUUUUUAAAUCAAAAGAGCAAUUCAGUACCUACAGAUAUGCAUCAUUAAAGUAAUUACGUUACAUUGAAAUCUGCUGCUGUUGUAAAAGUGAGAAAAAAGCUCCCUCCCCCAUCUCUCUACACCCACCCAUCACUGUCCCUUUCUCAUCUCUGUAGUUCAGGUGCAUACCAUGAAGUAGAAUCAUUCCUGUUUGUCUUAUAAGACUGGUCAGGCAAUUUUAUUAGUUGCUCCUCUGGCAUUCCUAGCUGGGGGCUGAUGCACAAGAGCAAGUAGACCUGGAAAGCCCUGAUGGUUCCCGAAGAAUCUUUCUCCAUGAUGCAUCACAAAAAUCCAUUGACCGUACGUAGGCUAAGACAGCCAUACAUAGCCUUUUAGACUAAUGGCCUGGCAUUCUGCAGUUAAUUCACAUUUCACAGAUAAAAAAUGAAAGAAGAUGCUUGUAUGUACACAUUAUAUCAUAUGCUAUCCUUUAUUUUAUUCAUUGUACCUAUUUUCUUAAUAUACCUGCUGCCACGUCCUUCACCCAACACCAGUAGUUGCAGUUUCAGACUAUGUACUGCAGGAUACC